AUGCUUGACAACUACCGAGCAGGUGGAAGUAAAUCAUCAUCCUCUGAUAAAAGUACAAAAGAGGAUAUAUCUGCAAAUUCUGCUGCUGCUGAUGAUGGUGAUGAGAAAGAAAAAGACAAAGGUGAAAACAAAGGAUCAGAUGCGGAUAAUGAAACGGCUCAAGGGGAAGCGGAUGGUGGUGAUAAGGAAAAAAAGGAAAAGGAUGACGGUAAGACAUGUAAAGGAUGCAAAGAAACAUUUCAAGAUCCUAUCGAGUUACCAACGUGCAAACAUAAAUUAUGCCGUGAAUGCAUGGUAAAAGUUCGUGGUGAGCUGAAAUGCCUGAUUUAUGAGAAGGAGUACAAACCUACUCAAGGUAAACAAUCCAAGGGGAAAAUGACGUCAUCCAUAGAUAAGACUAUUCACAUUCCAGAAUAUGAUAAAUUUACAACAACUGUUAUCAAAUAUACAUUUAACGAAGGCAUACGGGCGGAAUGUCAUCCCCAUCCCGGAAUGAAAUAUAAAGGCGAGUUAUUCACAGCCUAUCUGCCGAACAAUAAAGAAGGAUCGCAAUUAUUAAACUUACUGAAGAAAGCAUUCGAUAAAGGUUUGUUAUUUGGAAUCGCUCCACGAGAGAUACUGGAUACUAUUGAUUGGAAAGAUAUUGAUCACAAAACAAGUGUUACCGGUGGUCCAGAAAUAAAUGGUUAUCCAGACCCGGAUUAUUUAAAACGUUUACGACAACAACUCGCCUCAAAGGGAAUUAAAUGAGAUAAAGCCGACUACUUAUUGGAGAUCAUGAACUACUUAUUUAAAACUACUCAUAAUUUAGAUAUUUAUCGUUACAACGUUAACCGAAUCAGUUGAUGUAUUGACAUUUCGAUUUAAAUGUCUGGUCAUUAAGUAAUCCUAGUCGUUUACUGUUCACAGUUCUGAUUCAAUUUCCUGCAUUCGGAGAUACAAAUAGAAUUACGUAUGUUCGGAAUUACUGUGGGGCGUAGUCAUUCGGUAUAAGGACGAAUUCAUACGAAUUAAUUAUUUCUCGCAAAUCGUACCAUAUAUUUGUCAUAACUCUACAAUCGAAGCUAUAUGAAGGACGCUAAUAUACAAUUUUAAUGGUUUUGACAUACUACACAAAAUAUAUGACUGACAACUCUUGGAUUACGGUUGUUAACAAUAAUCACAUUACAAUUCAAUACGUAAUAUUUGACUUAUAUUUAGCAAAUCUGCUGGUAGUAUUUAUUGUUUGUAAUUGCCACAUGUCUAUCACUUUGCCUGCUUUGCAUAUGGGAAUACAUUUGAAUAUUAAAAGCUAGCCUCAAGGAAUUCAUGGAUAUUUUAUCGUGAGUCCAAAUUGGCGACAUGUACAAAAAAAUA